AAUGCUCACAACUUUGGGAUGCUCGUAAAUAUCUUUGUGGAUGUAAAGGAAGCUGUGCACAAAACCUUCAAAGGUUCAGUUGCUAAAACAAAUUGGCAAGGUUUUCAAAAUUUUACAAUGGAUCUAUUACUUAAACUCAUAUUAUCUG